GCGCCCUGCAGCAUAAAUGGGGUGGGAUUGGGGGGGUCAAAUCGGGUGAGCUUCAAGGACCCUUCCAACCCAACCAUCCCGUGGUUCUGUGAUCUUUAAGGGCCCUUCAAUUCAGUCAUUCCGUGGUUCUGUGAUCUUCCAGGACCCUUUCAUCCCGACUCUGCAACAAUCCUAUGAUCUUUCCAGGAUCCUUCCAACCCAACCAUCCUAUGGUUCUGUGAUCUUCAAGGAUCCUUCCAACCCAACCAUCCUAUGGUUCUGCGAUCUUUCAGAACCCUUUCAGCUCAGCCAUUCUAUGACCAUUGAGGUCCCUUCCAAUCCAACCAUCCCAUGGCUUUAUGAUCUUUCAGGACCCUUCCAACCCAACCAGUUAAUGUUCCCAUCAGGACGUUCCCAUCCAGGCUUUCCCAUCAGGGUGUUUCCAUUUGCUGUUCCCAUGCGGAUGUUCCCAUAUGGAUGAUCCUAUCAGGAUAUUCCCAUCUGGAUAUUCCCAUCCAGCUGUUCCCAUCUGGAUCUUCUCAUCGUGAUCUUCCCACCCAAGUGUUCCCAUAUGGAUGAUGUCCUAUGGUUCUUCUCAUCCAUGUGGAUGUUCCCAUCACAGUUUUGCCAUCAUGGUGUUCCCAUAUGGAUGAUCCUAUCAGGAUGUUCCCAUCUGAAUGUUCCCAUCCAGCUGCUCCCACAUGGAUGAUGUCUUACGGUUGUUCUCAUCCAGGUCUUCCCAUCCAGGUCUUCACAACAGGAUUUUCCCAUCCAGGUGUUCCCAUGUGGGUGUUGCCAUCAUGGUGUUCCCGUAUGGAUGUUUCCCAUUCCCAGGUGUUCCCAUUGAGGUAUUUCCAUUUGGGUGUUCCUAUAUGGAUGUUCCCAUGUGCAUGUUCCCAUCUGGAUCUUCUCAUUGUGGUCUUCCCAUCCACGUGUUCCCAUAUGGAUGAUGUCAUAUGGUUCUUCUCAUCCAGGUGUUCCCAUAUGGAUGUUCCCAUGUGGAUGUUCCCAUGUGCAUGUUCCCAUGUGGAUCUUCUCAUCACAGUCUUCCCAUCCAGGUGUUCUCCAGAUGUUCCCAUCAGGAUAUUCCCAUCAGGAUGUUCCCAUUGCAGCAUUCCCAUCCGGUGCAGCCCCUGGGUUUGGUGUAGGAGCAGGGUGCCCAGGAAAAGUCCCAUUUAUUGAGGACCCCCCUGGUUGGUGACCCACGCCCUCUCCAGGCCGCGUUCCUCGCCCUUUUCAACCUCUUUCCGAGGUUCAAAAAGAUUUUCCUGCAGUUCUCUUUCUGUCCCACCUCAGGGCAGGUGGUGGCAGUGAUGGCCACCAGGACGUAGUGACAAUGGUGGAUGUCACCCAUCUGCGGGGCGAAACGCAUCCCCGAGGCGUCCCUCAUCAGCAUGAGGAAGGUGUGAGCCGGACCCCCACCCUCCGCCACCUCCUGGGGAGCGCGCAAUGGACGCUGCGGCUGUGCGGAGCCAGGAUGCCCCGCUGACGGUCAAUGAGCAGGUCAUCGUCAUGUCCGGCCAUGAAACCAUCCGUGUGCUGGAGGUCGGUGUGGACGCCGCACCUCAUGCCGAGGAGGAGCGCAGAGCAGCGGCGGUGCCACCACCAGGGAGCGACCUGCAGGAAUCCCCGGCACGGAGCGGCGAUGCGGGCACCGAGGAUGGGCAGCCCAGCACCGAAACGCAGCGCGGCGCAGAGAUGGCAGGUUGGCUUUUGGCAGCAAACCGAAUGGCCUCGCUCGGUCACCGGGUGGCAAAGUCAGCCCUCCUCAUCCUCCUGCAGAGCAUAAAGCGUCACAGACAGCGCGGCUCCGCGCCCCUGUGUUGUGUUGGUGGGGAGGGUUACCUCGACCCAGCUGUGAGGUGUUGUGACUGGGUUGUGGGAGGAGGGGAUGGCAUUCAGAGGGACCUCGAGAGGCUGGGAAGAGAUGGGGACCCCUCACCCACCCCUCCCAUGGGGCAGCCCAUCACAGCUCUUCCAGAGAAGAAAUCGUUCCUGAUGUCCAACCUGACCCCCCCAGCGCAGUGUCUCCCAUCGCCCCUCAUCCUGUCAUUCCCACUGAGCACAGCCCAACUCCCCAUGGGGCCAUUGCCAAUCCGGGCACCCCCACCCCCUCCACUACUGGGACACCGGAGCUUAUCUCUGCCAACCCUUUUUAACACAACACCCCCACCCCAUCCUCCCGCUCUGCGUGCUGAUCCCCUCUCCUCCCCCUCCCCAGGCAAAGCCAAGCCUCCAACCGGAGUCCCCGCCGGCACAACGGGCACCCUGAGCCCCUCCAGCAACCAACAGCCACAGCCCCUGGCCCCGCUGGCCGUGCAAACAGCCCCGCAGGUCUUGACUCAGGAAAACUUAGCAACAGUUGUGACAGGAGUAAUGGUUCCGGCAGGGACAGUUACUCAACCUCUUCUUAUCCCCAUCAGUAUUGCAGGUCAAGUGGCAGGUCAGCAGGGGCUGGCUGUGUGGACAUUUCCUACAGCAACGGUCGCUGCCCUUCCCGGACUGACGGCUGCUUCUCCUACAGGGGGAAUUUUCAAACCGCCUAUAGCCAAUCUGCAAGCCGCCGCCGCCGUCCUCAACACGGCCAUCCCGGCCCCGCUGCCCCCCAUCGGUGCCGCUUCCCUGGGGGGUCAGACGCAGCUCCUCGGUUCUCUGGCGGCCGCCCCCGUGAUCGCCAACACCAUCCCCAGCGUGCAGAGCAUCGCGGGGCAGCUCCUGACCAACGCGCAGGGACAGGUGAUCGGGACCCUCCCCUGGGUCGUGAACCCCCCCGGCAUCGCGACGGCCAGCCCGGCUCCCACCCCCAGCCUGCAGGUGCAGGCGGUGACCCCGCAGCUGCUGCUCAAUGCCCAGGGCCAAGUGAUCGCCACGUUGGCCAGUGGAACCAUCCAGGCGGCCGCAGGCAAAAAGAGCGGCCCCCCCGAGACCCCCAGCAAGAGUGAGGUGCAGCCCAUCCAGCCGGCCCCAGCUCUGUCCCAGCCAGCUGUGGUCAUCACCAGCCCAGCCCCAGCAGCCAAGGCGACCCCGGCCCCCAUCCCCAUCACCUGCUCGGAGACCCCCACCGUCAGCCAGCUGGUGUCCAAGCCCGCGGCGCCCAACAGCAGCGCCGAGGAGGACGGCAUCAACCUGGAGGAGAUCCGGGAGUUCGCCAAGAACUUCAAGAUCCGGCGUCUGUCCCUGGGGCUGACGCAGACGCAGGUGGGGCAGGCGCUGACGGCCACCGAGGGACCGGCGUACAGCCAGUCUGCCAUCUGCAGGUUCGAGAAGCUCGACAUCACCCCCAAAAGCGCUCAGAAGCUGAAGCCGGUGCUGGAGAAAUGGCUGAGCGAGGCGGAGCUGCGCAACCAGGAGGGGCAGCAGAACCUGAUGGAGUUUGUCGGCGGGGAGCCUUCCAAGAAACGCAAGCGCCGCACGUCCUUCACACCGCAGGCCAUCGAGGCGCUCAACGCCUACUUUGAGAAGAACGCUCUGCCCACGGGCCAGGAGAUCACCGAGAUCGCCAAGGAGCUCAACUAUGACCGCGAGGUGGUCCGCGUGUGGUUCUGCAACCGCCGCCAGACGCUGAAGAACACGAGCAAGCUCAACGUCUUUCAGAUCCCCUAAGGAUGGGGGUCCCUCCUCCGACCACCCCCCCCCCCAACCCGACCCCCCCCUCACCCGCAGCCUCUGCCAUCAAUCAGCACUUUGUGACCCCACUCCCCGACCCCAGCCCUCACUCAGCUCCGUGGGGGUGUGGGGUUCCCUCCCCACCGUUCUGUGCCCCUC